UAAGAGAGCUAAGAAUUGAUUUGAGAAUUAUGCGCCGCCAUUAAGGAAGCCAGGGAAGAGAAAAAGAUAAAGAGAGAGAGAACAGAGAACUUUGGUCAGCUGGUUGCCUGGUUCUGUUCUCUGGCCUCCUCUUGUCCUGCCCUAUCCCUCAACUUUACUGUAUUUUUUUCCUUUGGCUGUUAACUUUACUCUAAUCCUGUUAAAUCUCUUCACUCUGUAGCAAUCCUGGUAAAUCUCCUCUCUCUCUCUCUCUCUCUCUCUCUCUCUCUCCACAUAAAACUCACGAAAUGGGUGAAGAGGAACAGAGAGAGAAAGAGAAGAACAUGUUGGCAGGAGCACUAUCCUGGAACUGCGCAACAGCUUCAUCAGACCUCAAAUUACUAACCACACUCCUCCUCUUCCUCUUCUCCUUAGCCACCGUCAUCAUCUUCCUCCCUUCCAACCUCUCCCUCUCCCCCUCCGACCUCCGCCUCUGCCUCUCCAAACUCCCCACCACUCCCCAACCCCUCUCCCCACCCCCCACCCCACCUCCACUCGACGUCGUCCUCCCCUCCGGCGCCCUCAAACGCACCCUCACCCCCCACGGCGGCGCCGCCUACACCUUCAUCCUCAUGAGCGCCUACCGAGGCGGCCUCCACACCUUCUCCGUCAUAGCCCUCUCCUCCAAACCCCUACACCGCUUCUCUACCCCCUCCUACCAAUGCCAAUGGGUCCCACACAACUCCUUUGCCCCCACCGCAACCACCGCUGGCUACAAAAUCCUCCCCGACUGGGGCUACGGACGCGUCUACACCGUUGUAAUAAUCAAUUGCACCUUCCCCGCCCCCGUCGGCCGCGACGGCCUCGGCGGCAAGCUCCUCCUCAUCGCUUCCACCAACGGCGGUGGCGACAAGAGCCUCAACCUCACCGACACCGUCGAAGCAUUGGUCGAGAAACCCAACACCUUGAAUCCUUUGUACUACACGGACCCGCCCAAGUACGAGUAUUUGUACUGCGGGUCCCCGUUGUUCGGAAACAUAAGCCCGCAGAGGGUGCGCGAGUGGCUGGCGUACCACGUGAGGCUGUUCGGUAGGAGGUCGCAUUUCGUGAUGUACGACGCGGGAGGAGUUGAGGAGGCGGUGAUGGAGGUGUUGAGGCCGUGGAUGGAGAAGGGGUUUGUGAGCUUGCACGAUGUGAGAGAGCAGGAGAGGUUUGAUGGGUACUAUCAUAACCAGUUUUUGAUGCUGAACGAUUGUUUGCAUAGGUAUAGGUUUGAUGCUAAGUGGAUGUUCUUUUUUGAUGUGGAUGAGUUCAUCUAUGUUGUGAAGAAGAGUAGUAUCAAAUCGGUUACGGAAUCGGUGUCGGAUUACACGCAGUUCUUCAUUCAGCAGAUGUCCAUGGCUAGUAACCUCUGCUUAUCUGAGGACAAGGGUGUGAGUCACAGGAAAUGGGGAUUUGAGAAGCUAGUGUACAGAGACGUGAAGAAAGUAGGCAGGAGGGACCGUAAGUAUGCAAUGCAACCGCGCAAUGUGUUUGCGACUGGGGUGCACUUGACACAGGACCUAGUAGGGAAAUCGACCCACCACACAGAGGGUUUGAUUAAGUACUUCCACUAUCAUGGAGUCCUAGCCGAGAGGCGGGACCCUUGCUGCCAGUUUUACAAUGCCACCACCAUCAACGUGGAUGGUAACCCUUACGUUAUGGACACUAAACUGCGAGGUAUUGCUGCGACUGUGAAGAGAUUCGAAGUCGAUACGAUUGGACCUAGGUUACAACAAGGAACGCGGCAAUGACAUUAACAUUUCAGUGGGGGGAUUUUUGUUCAUUGGUUUCUUUUUCUCUGUAUAAUAACUAAUUUCCGUCUGUUUUUUUUUACUCACGAGACUAGGUAUAAAGAUAAAGAUAUACUGGUAUACAUUUGUCUUUGGUAUAAACGAAAUUUUUACA